GAAAGAGGAGAGCUGCAUUCAAUAGUUACUACGGCGCAAUCGGAUUCGCGGAUUCCGUGAUUUAAUGUACAAGGCGUAUAAAGUCCUUGUCUAGAAUGCGGAGAACGGCUUUACUCCGGUAAUCUAUCUCAGGAAUAACGACUGUGCUGAGAUAUACCCCGAAUCAGUCCUACUCCCUCUUCUUCCCCGCCAUCAGGCCUCCAGUUAUAUUGCUUGGACUGGCCAAACGAGAUACAAAUUCAUUAUCUGGGCUCGUCGAGCGAUAAUUGUACAGUCUGAGGUGUGCAAUCGACAGACCAUCUCACAGCGAUGGCGACGCAGCUUGUUGCUCUCCCGGAAGUUGAGCGCCUCAGCGCCUCAGUGAUUCGGAUUUUGGGCGGGAACCCGGGGAAGUUUACUCUACAAGGAACAAACACAUACCUCAUCGGCCGCGGCUACCAACGCAUCCUAAUCGACACCGGCCAGGGCGAAGCAGCAUGGGCCAAACAGCUCCAAACCGUCCUCUCCGACGAAAAGGCUACCGUGCACCAGGCCCUCCUCACCCACUGGCAUGGUGACCAUGUUGGCGGACUGCCGGAUCUAAAGCGUCUCUGCCCCGACGCCCAGGUCUUCAAACACCAUCACCAGCCGGAGGAGGAGUAUACCGAUAUCCAGGAUGGACAGGUUUUCACCGUGGAGGGUGCCACGCUGAAAGCUCUGUUUACGCCCGGUCAUACGGAGGAUCAUAUGGCGUUUGUGUUGGAGGAGGAGGAUGCGAUAUUUACGGGUGAUAACGUCCUCGGCCACGGCACGGCCGUCUUCGAAGACCUAAAAACCUACCUAUCCAGCCUCCACCGCAUGCGCGACCGCGUCCAAGGCCGCGGCUAUCCCGGCCACGGCGCCGUCAUGGAAAAAGCCUCCACCCGCAUUGCAGAGUACAUCCAGCACCGACAGCAGCGCGAGGACGAGGUCCUCCGCGUGCUGCGGUAUGGCAAGCUAGAUGUGGCGGCGGGUGAACCUGAGCCUGAGCGACGACAGGCUUGGACGCCACUGCAGCUGGUCAAGCAGAUUUAUGUCGGGGUGCCGGAGAAUUUGCAUUUGCCGGCUUCGCAUGGUGUGUCCCUGGUGUUGGCUAAGUUGGAGGGGGAAGGGAGGACGGUGCAGGAUGGGGAUGGGGGGUGGAGGUUUGUUGGGGAGAGGAGUGCGUUGUAA